AUGGCGUCCAACGACUACUACAACACAUCGUACACUCCGACAGGCCAGCCGCACUCGAAAAAUGACGCUGCGCUCCCUCCAGUACCGAGCAACCAGACGCAGUACUCCGUCUCCCCCAUCUCAGCCUCCCCCUUUGACGACCGGCCGUACCCCCCGAAUACCUCUUCUGGCGCGCUCGGUGGCUAUCCCGACCACUACUCGACUCUGGAAUACAAUCCACAUGCACAAUACAGUUCGGCUCCACAGGUGAACGACGGCCAGAAUCGAUACGAUUCGCCAGGCCCUGGGCGACAUCCAGAUCCCUUUGCGGACCAGAACGCGAUACCGCUGCGCCCCCAGCCGGCUAUGGAUGACCAAAGCUCGACACAGUACAGCCAGGACCCAGAAAGAUAUGGCCUAGGUGUGGAACCGGCGCGGAAACACCGGAAGAAGAAGCAGAAGGAGGGCUGGUUUAGUGGGAGGAUCACAUGGGUGGUCUAUCUCCUGACCACGGUGCAGAUUGGCGUCUUUGUUGGAGAGCUGAUUAAGAAUGGCAUUCUCACAGGCUCCCCGAUUCAAACCAAACCAAAUUUCAACAUCAUGAUCGGCCCCUCCCCCUACGUAACCAUCAACAUGGGCGCCCGCUUUACACCGUGCAUGCACAACAUCCGCAAAGUCAUUGACAACCGCGUCACCAACUGGCCGUGCCCCAAUACCACCUCCCUCGACCCCGCAUCCCUCUCCUGCUCCCUGGGCGACCUCUGUGGCUUCAGCGGCGUCUCCGAUCAAACCGACGUGACGGAUUUCCGCGACCGAAGCCGCGAGCCGAAUCAGUGGUGGCGCUUCAUCGUGCCCAUAUUCCUUCACGCGGGGCUCAUCCACAUUGGUUUCAACAUGCUCUUGCAACUGACUCUGGGUCGAGACAUGGAAAAGGAAAUCGGCCCCCUACGCUUCACAUUAGUCUACUUCGCCGCAGGCAUCUUUGGCUUCGUCCUGGGCGGAAACUACGCAGCAGACGGUCUCGCAUCCGUCGGCGCAUCCGGUUCUCUCUUCGGCAUCCUAGCCCUCACCCUCCUCGAUCUCCUAUACAACUGGUCCACACGCCGUUCCCCCGUGAAAGACCUCCUCUUUCUCCUCCUUGACGUCGCCAUCGCCUUUGUCCUCGGCCUACUCCCCGGUCUAGACAACUUCUCGCACAUUGGCGGCUUCCUCAUGGGCCUCGUGCUCGGCAUCUGCCUCCUACACUCGCCGGAAUCCCUGCGCGCGAGGACGGGCACCGAUGAGCCGCCGUAUGCAACCGUGGACACGCAGCCCCUUGCCCCCACGGCCACGGAAACCAAGAGCAAAUUCGCAGUCUUGACCAAGAGUCCGCUCGGCUUCUUCAAGGGCCGCAAACCCCUCUGGUGGGCCUGGUGGCUGGUGCGCGCCGGUGGCCUCGUGGCUGUGUUUAUAGGAUUCAUUCUGCUGUUGAGGAACUUUUACGAGUGGCGGAAUACAUGUAGUUGGUGUAAGCAUUUGACUUGUUUGCCCAUUACUACAAACGGUGUCAGCUGGUGCGACAUUGGUGGCCUCAGCCUGACGGAUGGUCCGGCGCAGAAUAAUACGAGGCGCGCGCUCGAGUCGGGGAAUAUGGCCGACUUUGUAACUGGGGCGGCGUCGUUGCUGUUGUGA